ACAGAACAUACAGACAGAAGGACUAGGAAAAAAGCAAAAUGCAGAACACCAAUCAAACAUCAACUACGCAGAGUGUGGGACUGUUUCAGAUCAGUGAAACUAUUUAUGUUGAAAUUAAAAAGGGGGAAUACGCCAAACCGUUCCUGGUACUACAGAAGAAGUAUUGGAGCAAAGAAAGAAGUCAAUAUUGCACAACCAGUAUACUAAUAACAGUAUAUAUGUGGAGUAAUCUUAAGGACAGCCUCGCAAACAUAGAAGGUCUAGUGGCAUGCAUCAAAAGUGGCGCCUCUAAAGAAAUGAUUUUAAACAUUGGCGAAAAGAAACUGUUAACAUUGAUCGUAUACGAGAACGAGCAAGGUGAAAUACUGUUCGAAUUUAAACGUAAACGAUCUCGUCCCGAUCAGUGUGGCAACACUAUGAACGAAGUGUGUAUGAGUACUAGUGAUUUUGAGGAUCUAAAGAAAUGGAUGCCAGUCAUAGACAACUGUAUUCAAGACAACUCUGAUGUGCCAGUAGUAAAUGCCAUCACAGAUCCGAGCCAGUAUACACCGUUUAAAACCACACGCAAGACAGGAGUCCCUCCUAAAUUUAGACAUUUAAAAUUGGAUGCUAGCGACAAGAGCACGCAGACAGAACCUGCUCUAGAUGUUCCACCUACUCCAGUCAUUGAAUUGGAAGACCCAUUCAAGUAUAUAUCGCCGACCUUAGAUUUAUCUAACCCUCUGUUAAGCAGUUCCACGGAGAGCAUUUAUUCUGGCAUUUCUGACUUGGACUUCGAUUCAUAUCUGCCACUUACAGACAAACCCGAUGACUUUAAUUUCCACAUAGAUUUGGAAUCAUGUGAAACGCGCAUUGAUGCAGACAGAAAUGUCCUUGAACAAACAGUAUAUGAACCUAUCUUACCAUGAUAUAAAAAAAAGACUACAAUGGCCGAGUUGAACAUUUUAUAGACGUGUACAAUGUGCACUAUACGAGACUUGAUUAAACUACAUUAAAAGUGUGUGUUUGCGUGUUUGAGUGAGCUUGUAAAACUUUGCUAAUAUGAAACGUAUGAAAAAACAAAUAAA